AUGGUGGCCCACGAUGAAGAAGCGUACGCUUUACUCGACGAACAUGAUCUCUGCAGCGAGGACUCUAGUGUACGAGAUGAUAGAGCUUUGUCUUCGGCAUACACCGCUCCAUUUUCGCAUCGGUUCAAGCGACCAUGCGUGGUGCGAUGGGUAGUGGCUCUUAUCCUGGUUUCACUGCUGUCCCCAUUUGGAGCAAUUAUCUACCAUGCACUAGAACAAUCCUCCGAAACAGCUGGAUUCAGAUCACCAGACGGCGUUGAGAAACGUGUCUAUCUCAUCAAUGGCCCCAUCAUUGAGGCUCGAUCCAGCGACACAGUCGUGGUACAUGUCCACAACGGCCUCUCCCAAGAAGGUCUUUCAAUACAUUGGCAUGGUCUGCGUAUGAAAAACCAGAAUGGUAUGGACGGCGCUGUGGGGUUUACACAAUCUCCCAUUUUACCUGGCGACAGCUUUAACUACAUCUUCACUAUCGGCGACGAUGAAUAUGGUACUUUUUGGUGGCACAGUCACUCAGAUGUUCAACGCGCUGAUGGUCUCUGGGGAGGGCUAGUAGUUCACUCCCCUGAUGAAUCUAACCAGCAACCAGAAGACUAUUUGAUCAUGAUCAGUGAUUGGUUUCAUCGGAACCAAACCGAAGUGUUGAGUUGGUUUGCAGAUGCAAGUAGUCGAGGGAAUGAGCCCGUUCCAGAUUCGCUGCUGGUGAACGGCCAAGGGCGGUUUGACUGCUCUAUGGCUGUUCCCGCAAGACCAGUUGUUUGUUCUCAAGCCACAAUGAAUGAGCUGAAACCUCUGUUUAGACAGACGAAUGACAGGAGGGCAAGAAUACGAGUUGUAAACACAGGUUCAAUCGCAGGCUUGACGAUAAGAAUAGAUGCAGCAAUGAUGAGGCCAGUUCGGGUGGAUGGAGGGUUUGAUGUUCACUCGGAGGCAACCGAAGCCGUCGGUAUCCUUUAUCCUGGGGAGCGAGUGGAUAUCGACGUUGAGUGGAAGGACGACCAUGCUCCAAACCGUUGGCUCACAGUAUACAUGGAUGACGAGAACUUCAGCUAUCCUAAUGAAGCAUUAAACCCAGUUCAAGACUUUCCCAUCUUCGAUCAUGGUAACAAGAUACCAAGUCGGAAGGAUCUAGAGUCAAAUGAAACCCAGAUCCUUGACCCGCGAAAUCUAAAAGCUGCCGCAAAGAUAGUAGAUAUACCAUUAGUUGCCGAUCACACCAUCCUUCUCUAUGCGAAAAUCGAAAAGCUCGCGCAUAUGGACUACGAGCCUGUCGGGUUUAUCAACCAUACUUCUUGGAAACCACAGGAUCCGCCUCUCAUCUCCCAGAGCCGAUCUGGUUGGGAUGAUAACCAGCUCAUUCCCUUCAUAGCGACAACAAGAGAGAAGCCUACGCGAGUUGAUAUCAUCAUCAACAACUUGGAUGACGGCGCGCAUCCUUUUCAUUUGCACGGACAUUCUUUCUACGUUCUCUCCACACAUAGAGAUGAAGGCCGUGUGGGGUGGGGAUCCUACAACUCAUACUCUGGAGAAGCGCCGCCAAACGGGCUGGAUCUGGACUUUCCGUUGCGACUGUGCCACGUGAACAAAGCGGGGUUUAUAAAAACCCCUCGCUUUGAGAUGGAUCCUAUUACAGCCUUCCAAGUAGCCGGCACUGUUAUCACUUUUAUCGAGUUUUCCUAG